AUGGCUACUAGCGAAGGGAAGAGCCUGCUGUUUAUGCUGCCCUGUAUCCUCCCUGAUGCUAGGGUAACGAUCUUAGUCUUGCUACUCGUGUUUCUGCGAGGGGACCUCCUCCGCCGAGUCCGAGAGUUAGGGAUCGAUCACUUAGUGUGGUCGCCUGGCGAGCAACGAGAUGUGCCCUUGGUGUUUAUUACAGUUGAAGCAGCAUGUACGGAACAGUUUCGGACCUACGCCCACAAGCUCGCGGCUACGCAAGACCUUAGCCGCAUUGUGUUUGACGAGGCUCACUUGACUAUCACAGCGUCCGACUAUCGCCAGGCUAUAGUUGACCUCGCCCUAAUCCGCAACGUCCCUGAGCAGAAGGAGGAGCUGCUGAGAAUGUGGCUUGCCUCCUCGGACCAGCCGUACAUCGUGGCCACCGCCGGCCUAGCUCUCGCUCCGUCUCUCGCUCCGUCUCCCGAGCCGGCCCUCCAGUAUACUGGUAGUGCGGCUAUCCAGGAGAAGCGGCGCCGAGCCGACCUCGAGCUAAGCCGGUACCAGGAGGACCUACUUGCGGUUCAAGGCACGUGUCUGCUCUGCAAGGCAUUCGGCGAUGCUUGGGACCACGCCUUCCCUACGUGCUGGCGUCGGUUCGAGUUCUUUGAGGCUCGCAAUCGUGUUAAGGACCAGAAGCAAGGAGGAGGGCCGUGGAUUACUCCGUACCACGCGUGCUACUAG